AUGGAACAAAAUUCAAAUGAAAGAUACAUAUUUAAACCAAACUUUUUGGGGGAGGGUUCGUAUGGUAAGGUAUACAAAGCUUAUGAUACCGUGUUAAAAAAGGAAGUUGCUAUUAAAAAAAUGAAACUAAAUAAGAUUAGCAAUUAUAUAGACGAGUGUGGUAUAAAUUUUUUAAUAUUAAGAGAGAUAAAAAUAAUGAAAGAAAUAAAACAUAAAAAUGUUAUGAAUGCUUUAGAUCUAUAUUGUGAAAAGGAUUACAUAAACUUAGUUAUGGAAAUAAUGGAUUAUGAUUUAGCUAAACUAAUUAAUCGUAAAAUAUUAUUAACAGAUAGCCAAAAAAAAUGUAUUCUUUUACAAAUUUUAAAUGGUUUAAAUACUUUACAUAAAUACUAUUUUAUGCAUAGAGAUUUAUCACCAGCAAAUAUUUUUAUAAAUAAAAAAGGGGAAGUUAAAAUUGCUGAUUUUGGUUUAUCUUCUAAAUAUGCAUUUGACAUGCAUUCAGGUAAAACAGCAAAUGAUAAAUAUAGUAAAAGAGCUUUAAACUUAACAAGUAAGGUUGUUACAUUAUGGUAUAGAGCCCCUGAAUUAUUAAUGGGUAGUAACAAAUAUAAUUCAUCAAUUGAUAUGUGGAGUUUUGGCUGUAUUUUUGCUGAACUUUUAUUACAAAAGGCAUUAUUCCCUGGAGAAAAUGAAAUAGACCAAUUGGGGAAAAUAUUUUUCCUCUUAGGUACACCAAAUGAAAAUAAUUGGCCCGAAGCAAAACACCUUCCUUUAUAUACUGAGUUUACAAAAUCGAGUAAAAAAAAUUUAAAAAACAUUAUUAAAAUCGAUGAUGAUGAUUGUAUUGAUUUAUUAACUUCGUUAUUAAAAUUAAAUUCACAUGAACGUAUUACUGCAGAGGAAGCGUUAAAGCAUCGAUAUUUUUUAAACGAUCCCUUACCAUGCGAUGCUUCCCAACUUUUCAUUGAUAUGUAA